AUGACAAGUGAUGAUAGACAACCGACCUCAGUCCAGGUCGGAAGUCAGAUGACCUGUGCAGAUGGAAUCACCCAGGACGGAGGACCUGCCGACCAGGUCGGAGGGCCUAUGGAGGAAUGCGAGUGCAUCCCCGUACAACCCCAAUCGGAAGCGCAACAAAUCAGGACGGAGCCGAGCUCAAGCGACGGGGCGCACCAGACCUCACCAAUCCGAGCUCAAGCUGCCUUCGAUCCAACUGCGCUUAUGAACGCCUUCGCCGCACAGAUGCAAGAGUUGGUCAGAAGCAACGACGCGAAGUUCGCAACCCUCACCGCACAGAUCUCCAGCCUACAGCAAGAGAGUCCAAUCAGAAGACGGAACCUCAUUAGUGACUUCCAAGAGGAGCGAGACCCGCAAUGCACAGCGGCACGGUCAGUAGUUCAGCAGUACCAGCAGACAGAGAGCCCAUCUCAGCACGUGCGAGCUCAACCAACAGCACGCGACCUGGAGAUUGAGCGGAUGCAGGCUCAACUGCGAGAGAUCAGUUCAAAGUUUCACCAAGCCACCAGCUCGGCACCCGAAAUCGACCGUGUAAUCCGGGAAGCACAGAAAACACCGUUCACUUCCCGAAUCACCAACGUCCCCGUCCCAAACUUAGAAAUGUUUAAGCUACGAUCGUACGAGGGGAACUCCGAUCCGAGGCAUUUCCUUACCUCGUUCGGUAUCGUAAUUAACCGACUGAAGUUUACCUCGGCCGAACAGAAGGACGUGAUUCAAUGCCAGUUGUUCGUCGAACACCUCGAAGGCAUUGCUCUAGACUGGUUCUCAAGAUUGGAGUCCGACUCCAUCGACAACUACAAUGAACUCUCGACAAAGUUCGCAAAGCAUUUCUCGAUGUUCAUCGGACAGAAAACUCGUAACUCCGAGCUGUGGGAGAUAUCACAGGGCGAGAAUGAGUCGCUCCGAGACUUCAUGGCACGUUUCAAGCAGAUCGUAGCACACUGCACAGUGGACGAUGAAGCCGCUCUCGAGGCUUUGUAUCAGAAAACGUGGUAUAAAUCCCCCUUUCACAAAGAGCUUCGCAGGAACAGACCGCUCACCCUCGAGGAUGCGCUCCAUAAGUCAAACAUCUUCAUCGCGGAAGAAGAAGAAGAACCCGCCAAGGAUCGGCAGUAUUCAACCCUAAAGUCAGGCCAAACGCCAACCCCCAAAGAGAGCUCGGAAACGAAGGCCCAGCCCGGGAAACCGCGCGGAGUAGUAAACCAAGCAGGACCGUCGAACCAGAGGACAGGACGACCUCCAAAAUCUUGGAACACAUGGCACAAGGACGACGAUACGCCACUGAGUGAGCGUUUUUGCGAGUAUCACGAGCGAUAUGGGCAUAGCACGGAGGAAUGCCGAUAUUUGAGGGAUUUCUUACUUCAACAGUUCCGCAAGGGCGAGAUCGACACCGUGGAUUUGCCUAAACCAGGACCUCGGCGGCCGAACCCGCGACCAAACAAACCUGGCAAUCAAGAAGCUGCCAAGGCAACCGACUCCGAUGAUGAACAGGUCGCUCCCCCUAAACGAGACCGCGAAGCACCUAAUAGAGAGGCGAACGUGCCCAAAACCAGGAAGAAGGUCAAUAUGAUUAUGGGAGCCCUCGAAUCAUGCAACUACUCUGCCUGA